UUGACGUCAUUUUGCUGUUUCAUGCUUUCAGCACAUGUCAGUAUAAUCAAUAUUUAGUACGGUUUUAAAGAGUGCAGUGUCGUUGUUGAACAUUUUGUGCAGCGAUGGAUUUCGAAAUUGAGGAGCUAGAAAAUUUGUUUUCUCAGCACUUUGGAUUGACUCCAAACAGCACUCCUGCAGCUUCCCAGGUCACUGAUCAUGAAAAUUCAUCAGAUGACACGGACGACGAUGGACCGGCUGAUGACACUAUUGAUUUAGAUCGACGGGUUAUGCAGUUUCUUGAUGAUGCUGUCGUGUCGGAUCCAAAUUCAGAUGAUGGAGAUGGGGACGAUGACGAAAAUGAUUACCAGAGAAGCUCAGCGUCCAUUGAGAAUGUACCUCUACCCCAUGACGAUCCUAAUCUGUUCAAAAUCAGGGAUGUAAAGAUUCGUGGCUGCGGCUGUAAGAACAAGUGCGUUUCUAUCUUCAAUGAUGAUACAUUGUACUCGCACAUCCUAAACAUGAGAGAAAUGUCAAAGGAAGAAAAAGACAUGUACAUCAUGGGAUCGCUUGUGGACAGCUGCAAAGAAACGACAAAACGGGGAAAGAAAAAAAAUACGUUCCGAGCAGACUUUCAUGUUUUCCGGGGAAAAGGUUUGCAGAAAUACGUUCCUGCUUGUCUAUGAUAUAGGGAAGCAUUUUCUUCAUAAUAUCAUCACCCAUAAGAAUACACAUGGAGUAACACCACGCAAGCAUGGGAACCUAGGAAAGAAACCUAGUCAUUCGCUACAAUAUGAUGACAUAAAGUUAGUUGUACAGUUCAUCUCUAGUUAUGCAGAUGACUUAGGGUUACCACAACCAGCUGCCCCAAGAGGAAGAGAUGACACUCCUUCCAUAUACAUUCCAUCCGAUACAACGAAGAAGGACGUCCACGAGAAAUAUGUUGAAAGUUGUCCAAACGACCGACAUGUGCGGUAUUCCACAUUUUGCAACAUCUGGAACCAGUGUCUUCCGCAUAUUAGAAUAGCUAAACCAAUGGACGAUGUAUGUGCAACUUGUGAAAAACUUCGAAAAAGUGUUUUAGAUGCAGUUUCAG